UUGCUCCGCCCAAAAUUUGGCUUGCCGGCUCAAUCAGCUCGCCGCUGUCCGCGCUUCGGCCCGGCUUUGUUUUUUCAGUGCGGGAAUGCGCACUGCUGGCAAUGAUUUACUAUAGGAAGGGCUACGGUGGCUUUUUCAUCCUUUUCCGCCUUGUUGGCACUUCAUGGCCCUUUGGGGUGGUCCCGGGAUUGAUUGCGCUGGGGAUCAGUUUAGCCCUGAGCUAUAUCACCGUCUUGGAUGACAUUAUUCGAGACAGGACUGAGUUUAUCAGCCAUCCCUACGCCUUCCAACUUUUCGCUUAUCUCUUAGGUUUUCUGAUGGUCUUCAGGACAAACUUUGCGUAUCAGCGCUACUGGGAGGCGAUAGGUGCGAUGCAAAACAUGGCUGCGAAAUGGCUCGAUGGAGCCUUGAUGGGCAUCACCUUUGAUGCUGCAGGAAAUCGAGAUAGGCCUCUCCUCUAUGGAGCACAGGACGGCGAGAGUGGCAUGCCGCACCCCACCAGCGGCUCGAAGGGUGGACCGCAUCAUUCCGCCUACUAUGGUGACAUCGCUCACCUCUGUAGUCUGCUCCAUGCGGUGGCGCUGCAACACCUGCGCGCCGAUUCCAACUUGGACAACUUGGAGUUUGCCUAUCCCGAAGCAACGCACCUACAGUCAGUGGCUCAACGGAUGGAUAUGUAUGGCAUGCCGUCCUUCUCUCGCUCCAAGGUGGGUGAUGCAAUCGCCCGACAGAAGCUUCCCGUUCUCGGAGGACUUCGCCCCGAGGAACGCCUCGUCUUGGAGGCAGAUUCCCAAGGAAACCUGCUCUCCACCGACGCGCGCGUGGCGAUGGUCGAAGGCUGGUUCAUGCGACGGCUGAUUGGAAGGCAGAAGUUCGAACAAGGUGAAUCCUCGGUUACAUCACCACCCAUCCUCAGCAGGUUGUACCAAGUGAUCUCGGAUGGAACACUGUGGUUCGGCGCCGCCUCCAAAGUGGCGAUUACGCCUUUUCCGUUUCCCUACCACAACAUUAUCUCAGUCUUUCUGUGGAUGUACACCUUGAUGGCACCCGUACUGAUCAAUGGUAUCAUCAUGGACACCGCAUUGCGGUCGGUCUUUGUUUUCACCUCGGUGUUUUGUUACCAUGCCUUGCACCACAUUGGUGACAACCUCGAGGAUCCGUACUUACCAUACGAUCCCAACGAACUUCCAUUGCCUGACCUGCAGCACAGCGUGAACAUGCGGCUGUGGGCGUUUGGCGUUGUGCCAGCCCCUGAAGCGGGGCCCAAGGGCGAGAAGGGUGAGAAUCAGAAGGAUGUGAAGGCAGAAUGACCAGGAGCAGCGGCUGCGAUCGACCCCUGUUGGUGAAUUAAACAAGUUCGGGGAUUGUAGUGGC